AUGUAUAUGAUGGCGCUGCCGGUGCCCGCAUUUGCCGUUGUUUGGAAUACAACUCUUCGCAGGAUGCCACUGCCAACGUCGAGCAAGCCCAACGAGACAACAAGGAUACCCCUUCACCCACGCCAGUCGUCGCUACCCAAGCGUGCUAUUGUCGUCCGUCUCAAUCCUGAGGCCUUGAAUGCCCUCAACUCCUUUCCAGCUCAACCUCAGGUUGACAUCGACCUCAAUAACGACAGUCCUGGUCUUCAUAUUGGCAAAUCCUUCUUUCCGGUUCGCUUUCAGAAGGAGGAGAUCUCUCAUGAAAUAUAUAUUCGCGCUGCCACGGCCAACAAACUUAAUGCUCCUCUCAGAUGUCACGCCAACGUCGUCGGGAAGCUCUCUCUCACAGAUCGUGAACUCGACCCAGGCACCGAGGCUCGAAUUAAGAUGGCCACGAAGGAUGCUAGAGAACAGAGAGAUGCUCCGAAAACAAAAUACAUUGAUACCCCGUCGGACCUUCCCCAGCACGCCAACUCGAAGACUAGGAAGAAAGACUCUACUUCGAUGUGGAGGAAGCCAGUCAAACCAAGCGAUCAACCUAGGCUUUCUGCUUUUGUUAAUCCGUCCACCAUUGCUUCACAUACCCGCACAUCUCACCUUCUGUCCUCGUCUCAAAUGUCAGCCGAAAUCGUUGCUUUGAGAAAGCAAAUCAUUCAUUAUCUCGCAAGGAGCGAUUUUGAACCUUCUGUUGACGAUGUUCUUCGAGCUGUCGGACCAGAGGAGUGUGAUCCCGUUACCAGAAGAGAGAUAAAUGACGCUCUCGGAGAGGUCGCAGAACAGAACGCCAAACGACUAUGGUCAUUGAAGCCGCAUUCCUGGUUGGAAGUUCGGCCUUACGAAUGGCCUACGCUUUCCGAGUCUGAGAGGCUUCAAAUGGCGCGCAAAGGAAGAUUGAUUCUGGCUAACCUUGGUGUAUCCGAAAGUGAUCCCGCCUGGGUACACGUCAAAUUCCGCAACAAUAAAUCUGCUGUAGCCCCUAUUGCGACAACAUCGACACAAUCGGCGAAUGGACAAUCGACGGUGGUCCCAAAACGAGGUAUAUCUUCUAAAGAAGUAAAGGAAAAGAAGACCAGGUCUAUCAAAAUGGAAACCAAAAAUGUUUUAGUCAAGGACGAGGGAGGAACAGCCAAAGGAUCCAAACCGGCCACCUCAUCUACCCUAUCCCCCCUACCAGCCUCGCAUCUCACCACGUCUACUUCUGUUCCCAAGAAAAGGACCACACUGGUUGCGUCUGUUGCUGCAGAGAUGCCAACACGCUCAUCUCCCACGUCGCGAAAACCUCCAGGGUCUGGCUUCAAACUCAAAGCGAGCGAUUCUCCGAGGCGUUCCGACAGCUUGAGUCAAGAUGGAUCCCCUGCUCCUUCCGGCCAUUCUGUCCGAGUAAAAUCAGACGCAGGUAGAAACCCAGAACGUGCUUCUGUCUCGUCAAAUGUAAGGCUAGAACGUCACGAUGGUAAUGAUGCCGCUCCACUAAAGCGUGUAAAGAGGUUGAAAGGAGAAGCAGGGGUCGAAUCAGAAAGAGACUAUGAUAUGCAUGAUCGGGAGAGGGAUCGAGGCAGGGAACAACGACGAGAGACGGGGAGUGAAAAAGAAAGGAAGGGGGGGCGAGACCAUUACCGAGAGCGGGAGCGGGAGAGGGAUCCCGGUAGAGAGAUAGGUUUGGAACUUGAACGGACACUGGAAAGAGAGAACGAGAAAGACAAAGAAAGAACUCGAGAGAAGAACAAAAAUCAGCGUCUCCCGUCAGCGUCAACAGUGGCCAAAGAAUCUUGCACCCUCAAACGGAAGAAACCUCUCGCUCGGGGCGGCGAUGGCGAUGAUGAUUCAUGGAGUGGCAGAUCGUCCUCGAAAAAACAAAGAUUUACUAAUGAUGAGCAAAGGUCGACUCAUGCAUUGACCAACGGUGGAGAGCAUGCCCAGAAAUCUGGUGACCGUCCUCAGAAACUCGUCAAAAGUCCAAAGGAUAUACUCACAUCGCACAAGCAACUCGCAGAUUCCACCCCUUCCCCUCUAGUGGUAAAGAAGGAAACGAUCAAGAAGGAAUCAUCACCGCUUGGUCAACUACCCAAAAUAAAAAAGGAGUCGUCGCCCAUGCCUUCUGUACACAAAGCAUCUUCCACACACAAAUCACAUUCUAAAUCAAGGCGUAAAUCUCCUAUCUAUACAUCCUCGGAAGAUGAGGACAAAAGCGCCAUUGCCGACACUAAACCUGGUGUAGAUUCUGUAUCCACACGGAAUCAUACUGUGAUGCCCGCUCCUCCUCUGCCAAUUCCCGUGCCACACUUUCAACCCUCUCGUAACACCGCCUCUUCAUCAGGUGUCACGUUACCGACGAGCAACGGACGCUUGACACCUCCGCUCCCGAGUGACCAUGCUGGCCUUCGUGCACGGUAUAGGUCAUCUUAUCUGGAAUACCUCGAUACGUUUCGAACCGCCAUGACGCAAAAGAGUAAGAUCGAGAACUUGCUUCAGCAUUAUGGGGAGGGUAGUGUGGCCUCCUUCACGGAUUCCGAUGGCGAGGAGUUGUUAGAUUAUGAUAGAUUGACUCACGUCGUUGGGGAAACCAAGCGAAUGUGGGAUGAACUGCAAGGUAUACAACAGGCAUAUGGGAUGACGCCGGCAAGGAGUUAAUCUUUCUCUUGUAUUCACCUUGUUGUGGGUGGUCGCACAUUUUUAGAGGAAGUUUACUUGACCUUCGGCAGUGUAUCGUAUUACCAGUAAUUUAUAGAACCAGUUUAUAUCACAAGUAGAGUUCUCUCGAAG